GAGUGCUGUGCUUUCAUGGGCCUCUUCUUUAUGAAGCAAAGUGUGUAAAGGUUGCCAUAAAGGACAAACAAGUGAAAUACUUUAUACAUUACAGUGGUUGGAAUAAAAAAAGUGCUGUGAGGCCCAGGCGCUCUGAAAAAACUUUGAAGACACGUGAGGAUAUUGUAGCCCUUUUUCCUGUUCCUGAAGGAGCUCCCUCAGUACACCACCCCCUCCUGACCUCUAGUUGGGAUGAAUGGGUUCCAGAAAGCAGAGUACUCAAAUACGUGGAUACCAAUCUGCAGAAACAGCGAGAACUCCAAAAAGCCAAUCAGGAGCAGUAUGCGGAGGGGAAGAUGAGAGGGGCUGCCCCAGGAAAGAAGACAUCUGGUCUGCAGCAGAAAAAUGUUGAAGUGAAAACCAAAAAGAACAAACAGAAAACACCUGGAAAUGGGGACGGUGGCAGCACCAGCGAGACCCCUCCGCCUCCUCGCAAGAAAAGGGCCCGCGUGGAUCCCACUGUGGAGAAUGAGGAAACAUUCAUGAACAGAGUUGAAGUGAAAGUGAAGAUCCCUGAAGAGCUAAAACCAUGGCUUGUCGAUGAUUGGGACUUAAUUACCCGACAAAAACAGCUCUUUUAUCUUCCUGCCAAGAAGAAUGUGGAUUCCAUUCUAGAGGAUUAUGCAAAUUACAAGAAAUCUCGAGGAAACACAGAUAAUAAGGAGUAUGCUGUUAAUGAGGUUGUGGCAGGAAUAAAGGAAUACUUCAAUGUGAUGUUGGGCACUCAGCUACUCUACAAAUUUGAGAGACCACAGUAUGCGGAGAUCCUAGCGGAUCACCCGGAUGCACCCAUGUCCCAGGUGUAUGGAGCACCACAUCUACUGAGAUUAUUUGUACGAAUCGGAGCGAUGUUGGCCUAUACUCCUCUGGAUGAGAAAAGCCUUGCAUUGUUGCUAAAUUAUCUUCAUGAUUUCCUAAAAUACCUGGCAAAGAAUUCGGCAACCUUGUUUAGUGCCAGCGAUUAUGAAGUGGCUCCUCCUGAGUACCAUCGGAAGGCCGUGUGAGGCGAGGUGCCGGCCCUCACUUCGUUUGGAUCUCUUUGCUACCAGUGUAUUCAGUGAUGGACAACGGAGAGACAUACUGUAGACUGUUCUAUUGCCUAGUCGACAAAGCUGCUUUGAAUGCUGGUGGUUCUAUUCCUUUGACACUACGCACUUUUAUAAUAUGUGUUAAUGCUCUAUGACAAAUGCUCUGAUUCCUAGUGCCAAAGGUUCAAUUCAGUGUAUGUAACUGAACACGCUCAUCCGUUUGUGCUCCUUUUUUUUUUUUUUUUUUAAUGGUGCUUAAAGUAAAGAGCCCAUCCUUUGCAGGCCAUCCAUGUUGUUCCUUAGGCAUUUUAUCUAUGCUCAGAUUGUUGAAGAAUGGUGGCUUGUUUCAUGGUUUUUGUAUUUGUGUCUAAUGCACGUUUUAACAUAAUAGACGCAAUGCAUUGUGUAGCUACAGUUUUCUGGAGAAGUCAAUCUUUUAGGAAUUGUUUUUCAGAUCUUCAAUAAAUUUUUUCUUUAAAUUUCAAA